GGGAAGUGACGCGCCGGCAGCAAUGGAGGAGAGGUUUUGUCCAGAAAUGCUCAACUAUGCACCCAGGCGAUAUCCCAGGGAAUCUUAUGAAGAAAAUACACAAUACGAUGGCCUUCCCUAUGGUGACUAUGAAUCUCCAUCUCACAGAUCGGAGAGAUGGAGGAAUAUGUCCAGUCAGGCAGAAAUGCCUUCUGAAGACCAUAGAAGAUAUUAUGAUGAUGCUUCCUAUUCAUCUUCAUCAAGAGAGAAUUUCUUGGAUCACCAUGAGAGAGAUGAUCGCCGUUCACAAUAUAACAAUUUAAGGGGCCCUAUUGAACCCAGUGGGGAUCCAGGGCUGUUUGGAAGAUCAGUAAAUUCCAAUGACAGUCCUUCCAUGAGAGGAUCUGGCAUGUACAGAAGAUCAGUGAGCCCCAUUGAGUCUAGAGAUCGGUCAGGCUCAUACAGAAGACAAACAAGCCCAAAUAAUUGGCAGUCUCAAAGUUCAGUUAAUGACUCAAGAGAUUACCAAUUUUAUAGGCGAUCCCAAAGUCCCAGUGGCAGAGAUGGUCGAAAUGUAUACAAUAGAUCCCAAAACCCUGCUGAUACAGCGGGACAUUCAGAAACACACAGGAGAUCCUGGACACCUGGUAAUGAGACCAGAGAUCAAGGAUCAAACCCCAGAUCCAGAAGUCCUGUUAAGGCACCAGAUGCAGAGUUAUACAAGUUAUUAAGUAAUGUUAUUGAUAAUGCCCGGCGUAUGGCAGCUAGUAAGAAUGAUCCCUCACACACAUCCUGGAGAGACCCAUCCAGGGAUUGCUCUCAAAUGGAUUCUUCUGUUUAUCAGUCCACUACAUCCACAGAUGGGUUCCGUGCAGCUGAGGAUUAUAACCCUCGUUUGAACCAACGGAGUUCUCUUCGUAAAAACAUAGAAGCCUCCAGAAGAGGUCCUUCUUUUCCUAAAGUGCCUCCUAAAAAUACAAAAGGACCUUUGCUUAAGCGUCCAAAGGUUCAAGGGCGUCAUGGCCUUCUGGGGAGGGCUCCGGGCCUUCUAGGCAGAGCCCCUGGCCUUCUAGGUACAGCUCCUGGUCUUCUUGGGGCUGCCCCUGGUCUUCUAGGGGCUGCUCCUGGUCUUCUGGGGACAGCCCCUGGUCUUCUAGGGACGGCUCCUGGUCUUCUAGGGACAGCCCCAGCUGGUUUAGUGGGUUCUUCUGUGUCCAGCAUGCCAGUGACCACUUACGAAAAUGUUUCCUCAGACUCUUCAGUUCAUUUGUAUUCAUUGGGAAAUAUGUCCGCUCUAGGUAGUCAAAUGGAACUGGGACAGCAAAUCAUAAAAUGGGCUGAUUUUCACAGUGGUGCUGUUGACCAUUCCACAAAAAAGAAGUUUGAUCCCAAUACAGAUACCUAUUCUAAGGUAGCAACAGCUUUCCAAUGCUUGUUGGCAAAGCAACAUCAUGAUAUCUGUGAUUCAACAUUAAUGGCACACUUAGGCCUCACAUACCCUGUGAUCGAUAACUCUUUUGUAUCUCUAUUGAUAAGGAAGAAUGUCAUUACAAGUAGGUUAGAGUUGGAUGAUAUUGUUCAUCAAGAAGAAUCUCUUUUGCAAGAGAUACAAAGCAAGCUGCUGGAAUGUAUAGGUCCGCUUCUUGUAGUAAGCAGUAACCAUGAGCAGAGCUCUAAGUCGCAAAGUUCACAGGCCCCUAACGAAAUUGCCAGUGAGCUAGAGCAUGCAGUUACAGCUUGCCGGCAAGCAAUGGUAUUCAUUGGGCAAAUCUUUGCUUUUAUCAGUGAAGAAAGAAGGAAAAAUCUGUUGCGCAAGACUGGGCUGAUCUCAGUGGCUCCGAAGUAUGAUUAUUUCGUGAACCUGGAAAGCAAUCAGCUGUUUGGAAACAAAUACAUAAAUGAGCUGAAGAACCGAGUGGAGCAAAUCUACCUCCCCCCAUUACAUAGCCAGGUUUCUUGUUCCAGUAAGUUUGUGUCAAAAGUGGAUGAACAAUCAAAGAAAGAUGCAGCAAUCAAGCCUUCAAAAACUUCAUCUUUGGCAGACGCCAAAGCCAGCAAGCAGCCAGAAACAGUUUCUUCAGUGCCAGAUAACAGCAAUGAACAGAAGACAACACCAACCGACGACAUUGACCAGAGCAUGGCAGAGAAAGAUGCAACAUCAACAGCUGAUGAGAGUGUCCACCCUCCAGAAGACUCACAGGUCAAGACCAUUAUUGAUAAACUGGCGAUGUUUGUAGCAGAGAAGGGUGAAGCAGCAGAGAAAGCAGUCAUCCAGCACAAGAAAGAGGACUUCAAAUAUGGAUUUUUGCUUGACCCAAAAAGCAACGAGUACAAGUACUAUAAGCAAAAAGUGGCACAGUUCUCUAAAGAAAACACCAGCCAGUCAGGCAUACCUGCUGCUGUUGAGAACGAAGGGUCAGAAUGCAACACAUCCACGGAUAACACAUCCAGUGGUCUCCAAGCUGAGUUCCUGACAGAGGUUGAAAGUUCAGCAACUUGUUCGACUGCAGAAGAAGGUGAUUCUCUCAGUGACACCAAGACAAAAACCACUGCAGAAAAACUGGCCAAGUUUGUGGCUGAAUGUGGCCCAGACCUUGAAGAGAUUGCCAUUGAAAACAACCGGGAUAAUCCAACCUUCUGGUUUCUGUAUGAUGAGAAUAGUUCUUACUACAAAUACUAUAAGGAGAAGGUGAAGGAAUACAGUGGGAUGAUAGAGAAAUCCGAUACUUCCAUGGAUCCUGCACCAGAGGGAGUAUCUUUGGGGCGUUCAGUUCUUCCCAGAAAACGGAAAGGCCUGACUUUGAAAGUGGGCAUGCUGCCUCCGAAAAAAAUCCGCCCAAAGGCUGCAUCAUCGCCAGUCCGAGAGUUAAAGAGAAUUGGUUAUGACAAGCCAACGUACAAACCGAAAAAAAAGACGAAAAGUGAGGAUCUAAGUUACAGUAAAAACAAGCUGGCAGUGGACAACGUUGGGUACAAGAUGCUACAGAGAAUGGGCUGGAAGGAUGGUGAGGGACUCGGCUCAGAAAAGCAAGGAAUCAGAGACCCUGUCAACAGAGGUGUGACAUCGACAGACAGGUCUGGACUAGGAGUUGGCGGCACUGCAGAGAAGGAUGAGGUGGAUAAUGAAUUUGCUAUUUUCCGUAAACGGAUGAUGGUGGCGUUCAGAUCCAAGCUGCUGUCUAAAUCCUAGGUUAAUCUUGGGCAUGUGAUGCUGGGAGUUGCUGAAAGUGGAGAAUGGUCUUUGUGGUACAAGCGUAGAGGGUUUGAGGCCAUAAGACGUGAAAUGACCUGAAAAUGCAGAAUAUUUAAAAUGGAAGCUAUCCAGAGGAGGAAUGAAUGGUGGAGCGCAUUAUACCUAGUAAACUAGUAAUCUAGUAACUCGCUAUACUUGGUAACUUACUGUACAUGGUAACCUGACCACACAUAACAACAAAAUCCAGACCUCUGUUUGGAUAAUUUAGAAUAUCCAAUCAUUUAGCUGGAUCCAAAUGUUUGUGUAUGUGGUUGGCCAACCCAGGUGUAUACAUUUGAUCCCUUUCAUGUCGGAGGAUGAACAGUUAUAGGAAAUCAGUAAUACACUUGUUUCAUUCUCUUUUUUUUUACAAUGUGUCUUAACGUAUUCUCCAUUUUAGGUGUCAUUGUUUUCUAUAGAAAAUUGAUGAACCUUUCCGCAGUGCUUGCUCUCUCUCUCUCUCUCUCUUUUUGUCAUCCCCUUGACUCCCCAAGCUCACGCUUUCUCUCUCUCUCUCUCUCUCUCUCCCUCUCUCUCCCUCUCUCUCCCUCCCUCCCUCCCCCGUCUUGUUCACCCUCUCACUCGCUCUCUCUCUCUCUCUCUCCCUUCUCUCUCUCUCUCUCUCUCUCUCUCUCUCUCUCUCCCUCCCCUCUCAGUCUCUCUCUCUAUCUCUCUUUCUUUUGUACAACCCAGCUUCAUGGGUGAUAUCUUGAAUGUUGCUGCACAGGCCUUGGUAAUAGGUAAGUAUCUGUCAUAGUUGCCUCUUCAGUGAUUUGCAAGUGGAAGAUUUGUGUCUGCCUAAACCACAUUCUUCCAGACUGCAAGUAGAAACUCUGCUUGCACCAUGACAUUUCAUUAAAUACAGUCAGCCAUAACCAAACCAAGUAUUAAUCUAGGGACAGUCUACAUCACUUAUUUUUGUUUCUGGGGAAAAGUCUCAGAACAUCACUGGCUGAAACAUACAAAAUGGAGCACGAGGACAGAGAACUAUUCAUUUGUUCCAACAGCUGGGAGAAGCUGUGUUGAAUGAGAGUUUUGACAAGAGAUGAUUGAGUGUUAGUAUUGACAUUGCUGGGUGAGAUUCAUAGGGAAACCAUUAACACAUUGCUCGAAUACACAUUUGCAGCAUCGCCACAGAUUGCAGUCGUGCCCUUCCCAAUGCCAACAAUUCCCCAAGAUUGUGUUGACCUUCAAGUUGCACUGGCCCCAUCACUAUAAGGUGUGCCCAGGUCCCUUUGGGCAACGGUACAGGCAUGCGAGGACAAUCCUACUGAGGGUGCACAGUCAGGAUAUGGAGGGAUUCUCAUUUAACCAACUGUGUGGGUCUUGAUAAGAUGUGUGUGGAUGAGAUGACAGCACUUGACUGAAUAUGCAUCGAGAACCUGGUAGGGAGACACACAGCCCUAAUGAAACCCGAAAUGUAAAAAGUAUUGUAGCAAAAGUGCUUGUUCAAAUUCCUGUGUUUCUGUGCCGUUCUCUUGACUUAGCUGUGGUGUUUGUCGUGUUAUUUAUAUCAGUAGUCAAACCUUGUGAGAUUUUGCUGAAUUAUUUCAUGUUGCUUCACUUAAUUCAGUCACUGUGCUCGCUGUGGUGGCGUUAUUCACUGCUGAGUUAACCUACUCUGCACAGCUGUAUUGAAGAUGUCACCAGAAUAUUGUCAACUUUUGGAUAGUGAAUGAGUUAAAGAGAGUGACCAUUUCUUACAGAUGCAAAAUUUAUAAUCUGGAUAUACCGAAAAAACAAUAAAGCAAGUGUGCUAAAAGCUUCUCUCA